AUGGCCUGUUCGAAGCCACAUCUGAAGCGGACGGCAGAGGAGGAGAAGCGUACCUUCCAAGAGCAUUGGGAGGUAAAGUAUCUGUUCGCGGAUAUAAACAAUGUCCCGGAAUGUCUGGUGUGCCAAAAAACUGUUGCUGUUCCGAAAGGGUACGAUCUCCGACGUCAUUACGCAGCGCUUCACAAAGGGCAGUACGCGGAAUUUACUGGAAAGAUCCGUGAAGAAAAGGUGAUGCGGCUCAAAUUCGGAGCCACAAGACAAAAGGACAUUUUUCAUAAGGUUUACAGAGAAAGUGAGGUUGAAGCAAGCUUCGCCCUGUCGCAGUUUAUCGCAAAAACGUCAAAACCCUUCACAGAGGGUCCUUUUAUCAAGAACUGUCUCAUUCGUGCAGCUGAAAUUGUGUGCCCAACCGCAAAAGAUUCUUUUGAGAAGAUUAGCCUUUCUGCAAAUACUGUCGCUAUGCGGGUUGAGGACAUGAGUGCAGAUUUGGAAAUGCAGCUGCGCGAUAUUUCGAAGAAUUUUUGUGCAUAUUCCUUAACACUUGACGAAUUCACAGACAUAAACGAUAUUGCUCAGUGCGUGAUGUUCAUCCGUUGUGUCACACAUGACUUGGAGAUAUACGAGGAACUGUUUGACCUCCAUCCUCUGGAAGGGACAACGAUGGGGAGUGACCUGUGCAUGGAGCGCGGUAAAAGGCAGCAUCGAAGUAGCAGGUCUCAAGUGGAAGAAUCUCGCGUCAGUAGCGGCUGA